AUGUCCAAUUUCCAGCUCAGGAUACUGUGCAUGAGCGCACUGGUCUACGCGACGCACAUCAGCUGCACGGUAUGUUGCGCAUGCGGGCGAUGGAGUUGUCCGCGGAAAUUUAUUUAUUUCUGCUUUCCUACCAACUUUCUAGAGCGCGAGAGGCAAGGAUGUUACGUCGGUCGUACUCGCAAAGCAGUCGCCGGCACCGCAAGAGAACGUGGGUGCUCCUUGGCUCCGCGUUUCGCGCAUAUAUGCCCGCUUUCAACGCCCGGUGCAGUCGGACACUUCUGAAGGUGCCGUUAGCACAUUGUCGGAUGACCACGACUCCGGCUCUUCCCGGAGCGGGAGAAAUGCGAACACCGUCGAUGUUCACCGCCCGGCACACUCGGACGCUUCUGAAAGCGCAUCCGGCACAGUGAUCGAUGAUCAUCGUCGAGUCCGUUCACCAAGUCCUCGAGGCAGGGCUUCUGAAGCUCCCGUUCUCUUGGGCACCUGGCCUCCAGUCAGACUGAGCAAUUCGGCCCACGAUACUCUUGGCUCUCACCACGAGCGCCAAACAUUCUUGGACAUCGCAGCGGACUGGGCUCGGGCGGACCCGCACAUCAGAGCCCUUGAUAUCCAUCACGUUGGGGAUCGUCAGUCGGACGGCUAUCGUACAGUCCACAUGACUGUGCACAACGGCACCAUCUUCAACAACAGAAACAACAGGAUCUCUGUGGAAAUGCUGCACCUGCCUCGGUUGAUGUAG